AUGAAGGGGGAGAAGGAGUCGAGUGGGGAGAUUCGGUUAAGAGAUGAAAGGGGGGAUGGUUUGGAGAGGAAGAGGGAGGGGAAGAAGAGGGAUGAGGAUAUGUCAGGGUUGGAACAGAAAGCGAAUGCGGAUGAGGAAACGACUGAUCAUCCGAGCAACAAAAUGGAACACGAUAAAAAUUCGGAAAUAUCAUCAACCCCUUCCUCUUCAUUAAAGAAACCCCGAAGUUCCCCAAAUUUUUACACGCAUUGCAGAGCAGGGAGCAAUAAUGGAAAAGGAAAACAAAUGAUGACAUAUGAUCAUCAACGAGCUAUGCCAAAAUGUAGAAGACCGAUGAUUACAGGGAGAAAACGGGUUUCUGUUAUUAUUGAAGAGGGAGGGGAAUGUUAUGGGGGUGGAUGUGGAGUUUUCGAUUCGGGUUGGAGAUGUGGGAGGGAGAGGGGAAGAAAAGUUUGGGAGGAGUUGUGGGGAAGGUUGAGAGGGUUGUAG